UACAACACACACUCUACCCGCUAAACGCAGAAGAGCACACACUUCCUGUGCUCGCUCGGGUUGUUGAUAAACAGUGAGCACAUGCUGAGCACAAUUUUUGUCGUUUUGUCUCAUAACAAAAUGACAACAACUUUGAUUUAAAUACUAAUUUAGUUGCUUGACAUUUUGCAGUUGCCAUGUCUCUGCUAUUAAACGCUGCACAAUUAAAUACUUCACUACUCAGGGCAUUGAUGGAUUUUAUAACAGAGUUUACCACAGCCAUGUCAUGUGUGAUUUUGUCUGUCUCAUCAUUGCAUGCUGCUUAUCUGCUAUUCAAGGACCACAGAGCCUCAUCAGUGGGCUUCCUCCUGAUUGGCUUUUCCUCUGUCCUUUCAGUCUUUUCUCCCAGUAACCAAACUAUCAAAUCACUCACGAACGAUCUAGAAUGGGCAGGUGAAUCACUUGGUCCUGCUCUUAUUACUUUUGACUUCUUGUGGCUAAGUGAGGACUACAUCACUGCUCGUAUCCUCCUGAUUGGCUCUACUUUUUUCAUAAUGCUCUCUGAUUGGUUAUCAUCAGAUGGGUUGGUUAUUAUGUCACGCUGCCUGGCAUUUUCCACCCUCUCCUGUUCGCUGACAGUGUGUGCGUUUGCUGAAAAUGCAGCAGGGGCAGUAGGGAGUGUUGCCCUCAGUCUGCCUUUAUUAGUUUCCCCAAGGACCAGAUCUGGGUCUUUGGGUUCCCUCGUGAUGCCUACAGAAGGACUUCUCAGAUGGAUCCUUAAAGUCAUCAUGGCAUUAGGAUGCUGGACCACUGGGAAGGCCCUUAAUAAAUACCUGUUUGAUUUAAAAGGCUGGGACUGACUAAAGCAAUGGUUUCCAAAGACAACAGAGAACCACAAAAUGCUACUUUCGUACUCAGAUUAUUAUCAGGCUUACACACUGUGUUACUGUUGCAUGUAAAGGCCUUCUCUGUUUUAAUAAGCUAACAUUAUAUUGUAAUGUACUACAGAAACUGGAGUUUUUUACGUUUGUAAACAAAUAAUGGAGUUUGCUUAUAACAUUAAAUCCAUUACACUGACAUUGACGGCUAGUAAAAUCCAUGAGCAAUGAAUAAAUUGUUUUAGCAUCUACAACAAUGAAGUCUUUGUAAAGAAAGAAUGGGACUCUGUUGUUUAAACCAGUGUUGCGAUGUCCUGUCAUUAUGAGCAACUUUGGUAAAUGUGCAUGAUAAAUUUACUCAU